UCCCACCACAAUCCAACAAAAGCCUAAAAAUAAGGUACUAGCAACAACUGCUAUAACAACAAAGCAUCAGAAAACAGCCUCAUCCCAUUUUUCUCUUUGCAUUGCUUUUCCAGCAAAGCCUAACUACAAAGGCCGCAACCCAUUCUCAUUGAUUUCACCAUCGAACUUCUCUCUCUGUAAAGAAGGCACAUUCUCUCUACACAGAGCCUAAAUAACAAAGAAGGUAGAAACAUGGAAACUCCACGCACCCCCCCCUUCCAUCAAAAACAAAGAAGAGUCACACCACCCAACUCUCUCUCUCUCUCUCUCUCUCCAAUGGCCCAGCUGUACCAAAAUUUUUGUUAGAAGUAAAACAAAAAAGAAAAGAAGAGAGGAGAUGGUAGUAGAUGUCUUCAAAUGUUGUCCUCCAACCAAACCCACCUCACAAAAAACUUUCUUUAACACAACAAAUAAAUAUGAAGGAUGCCAGAAAUACCCUUCUGCAACCCCCCCAAAAAAUCCCAUCUUCAUCACUGUCUCAACUCUCAAAAGAAACAUUUUUUUCACCGAAUUAUGUGGGCUUCUUUGGGUUUUCUUUGUCUUGGUCAGAGUUUCACAGAGAAAACAGGAAAGCGAGAACCUUCCCAUCUCUCUCUUUCUUGUUUCUCUCCCUGUCUCUCUCUAACCUCUUCUUUCCUUUCCUUUUAUUGUUUCUUUCCUAUCUCUUUCUUCUUUCUCAUAGAACUCUCUUUCUUUCUUCAUUUCUCUCUCUUUAUCUCUAUUUCUCUCCUCCUCCCGGUCCAGCUCCCUGUUUUUGCCUUGGGGGUAGUUCUGUUUAUUUCUGAUUCGAUCUGAUGAUGAAGAGGAUGAAGGGUGUUUCUGCUGCUUUGGAGUCUUCUCCUUCUCCAUAUACAACUCUAUAUGAGGAUCGAAGAACCAGGCUCAAGCAUCAAAGUCUUAUGCAGGACUAUGAGGAGUUGUGCAAGGAAACAGAAGCUCAGAAAAAGAAAUUGGAGACGAUGAAACAGAAAAAAUUGACCCUUUUGUCUGAAAUCAGGUUUCUGAGGCAACGAUACAAGUUUUUGAUGCAAAACCAGUCUCAAAACCCUGCUUCUGAACCAAAAUAUGGACAGAAGCAGAACUUAGUAAAUGUUAGUAGAACCGUAAGGAAAGAAAGCAAAGAAAGGAAUUACAUUGGGAAUGAUGCUGCUGUGCAGCGCCCGGCUUCACGAUUUGAUUUAAACAGAAAGGGAAAGUUUUACAGUGAAAGAGAAGCUGCUUUGCAAACCCUUGGUCCAAUUUUUGACUUGAGCCAGAAGCAGAGGACGUAUAUUGGGAAGGAAUCUGUAUUACGUAAUUCAGCUACAAUUCCAGACUUGAAUAUAAAGGAAAGGAUUUACAGCGGAAAGGAAGUUUCUGUUAGAAACAAUGGUCCUAUUUUUGACCUGAACCGGAUUUCGAGGGAGGAGGAAGAAAUACAGGCUAAUGGAGAAGUGAUAAUAGAUGAGCCAAAGAUAUGCUUAGUAAGAGGUGGGAGUGAUGAGCAACACAGUGAUAUGAAGUUAUCAGCUUGUAGGAGUGUUGGAAAUGGAUCAAGCCGGACAGGUAAGAGGAAGAUUUCAUGGCAGGAUCAGGUAGCGUUGAGGGUUUGAGUUCUUAUAUCGAUUGUGAUUGAAGAGUAUAUUUUGGUAAGGUUGGAAAUGUUCCCUCGCCUAAUCUUGUCAUGUUUAACUCAUAUUUAUUUUUCUCUUAUCUGUAAAGGAAAAAUAGAUCCAUAUAUUAUAAUCAUAGAUGAAUUGAUGCUGAGAUACCAAA